UUGGUUUGCAUUGUAUAGAAACUCAAAGCAAAUCCGAAUUCUUUACAACAAAAAAAAAAUGCCGAUCUCUAGAAUCGCCGUAGGAAACCCAGCUGAGAUCGGCCAAGCCGAUGCUCUCAAAGCGGCUGCCGCCGAGUUCUUCUCAAUGCUCAUCUUUGUCUUUGCGGGCGAAGGCUCCGGCAUGGCUUUCAACAAACUGACAGACAAUGGUGCGUCAACUCCGGCCGGGCUCAUAUCGGCGUCGUUGGCCCACGCGUUUGCGCUUUUCGUGGCUGUUUCGGUUGGCGCGAACAUCUCCGGCGGCCACGUCAACCCGGCUGUCACAUUCGGCGCGUUCGUGGGAGGACACAUCACUCUCAUCAGGAGUAUCUUGUACUGGAUCGCCCAGUUGCUUGGAUCCGUCGUUGCUUGCUUGCUUCUCAAGAUCUCCACUGGUGGAUUGGAAACAUCUGCCUUCGCACUGUCCGACGGUGUAGGAGCAUGGAACGCCGUAGUGUUCGAGAUAGUGAUGACCUUCGGCCUGGUCUACACGGUGUACGCGACCGCAGUGGAUCCAAAGAAGGGUAACAUUGGUAUAAUAGCACCAAUUGCUAUUGGUUUCAUCGUGGGUGCCAACAUCUUAGCCGGUGGCGCGUUCGACGGCGCGUCCAUGAACCCCGCCGUGUCAUUUGGGCCCGCCGUUGUCAGCUGGACCUGGGCCAACCACUGGGUCUACUGGCUCGGCCCAUUCGUCGGCGCAGCCAUCGCAGCCCUUGUCUACGAGAUCAUCUUCAUCGGGCCAACCACACACGAGCAACUCCCGACCACAGAUUACUAGGACAAAACUUACCUAAGGUAUUUGUCAAAAUUACCCAUUAAAAUAUUCUGUAAUGGAUUGGGUGGGGUUUGUUCGGUUUGGAUUUAAUUCCGUGGGGGGUUUUUGUGGUGUUUGUUUGUAUUUGGUUGUUGUUAACUGUUGAUUCCUCUAGUGAAUCUUGUCGUCGUUUCUUUUUUUAUGUUUCAGUCAAUUUAUCUUGAGAAUU